ACCAAAAGAAUAAAAUGGCGUUUCUCAUUAAGAGCAUGGUGGGGAACCCGCUGAAAGGGAUGGGGCUCGGAGGAGGAGAGGAGAAAUCCGAUGCAGAAACUCCAAAGGACCCUGCGGCGGCAGCUGGGAUGACCCGGGAGGAAUAUGAGGAGUAUCAGAAACAACUGGUGGAGGAGAAGAUGGAGAGAGAUGCUGAUUUCCUGCACAGGAAGGCAGAGAGGGCAACUCUCAGAGUUUGUCUUCGUGACAAAUACAGACUGCCGAAGAGUGAGCAGGACGAGAACAUGAUCCAGAUGGCCGGAGACGAUGUAGACGUCCCCGAGGAGCUGCUGAAGAUGGUGGACGAGGACGCGACGGAGGAGGAGGAGAAGGACUCCAUCCUGGGCCAAAUGCAGAACCUGCAGAACAUGGACAUGGAGCAGAUCAAAGAGAAAGCCUCGGCCACGUUUAACGAGAUGAAGAGCAAGGCCGAGGAGAAGUGCUGCGUCAUGUAACCGUCCUGACAAGGCUCAACAUGUGAGAGAGAGAGAGAGAGAGAGAGAGAGAGAGAUGACAUUCAUGACAUGAUUAUUAAAUAACAUGAGGAAUUAUUUGAUGUAAAAGCACCUGGUUGAAUCAGUGAACUUGAGUUGAUUCAGGUGGGUUUUUUUAAAGAGUAAGAUUUUUUUCUUAAAUUCAUUCAUUUAUACUUGAUCUAUUAUACUUGAAACCACUGUAUUAUUAAUGUUAUUUAUUACAGAGUCAGUUCACUCCUUUAUUCAUUAGAUUCACCGUGGCUGUGUGUGUGUGUGUUAGUGUACCUGCCUCUGUGUGUUUAUGAGAGAGUAUGAACACUUAUAAUGUAUCA